UAUUCGAGUUGUCAGUUUUAAUUUUUAUAUUAAAUGAAUCUUGUGGUUUUGACUUUAGUAAAAAAAAAAUUAGAGAAUGAGAUUCCCUGAUUAGAGAUUAGGAUACCUUACUAAUUCAUAGUUUAAAUAGCAAAACUCGAUAUGCAUACUAUAAAUUGAACAUUUCCGUUACAUUGAAUUCUCUAAAGAAUAAAGAAAGUAAAGUAUCCGAUAAAAAUCAUCAUAUCUUUACAAUUCCUCUAUUCUCUCCAUUAUGAUUUGAUUUGCAUCGAUUCGAAUUCAGACGAUAAGAGGGACAUGACCUCCAUGAAUACUUUAUGCGGACGAAAUGAAUCAAUUUUCCUUCCUUCUACUUUUACGAAUAGAAACGAAUCAUUUAAAGCAAAAUAGUUAGUUCUAUUAUUAAAUGCAGCUUCCCCCUCCACCCUUUGCCUUUUCUUCUUUCGGCGACACAAAGAAUGAAAAAUCGUCAACUUUAAAAUACCCUUGCCGUGAACUCACCGGCGAGCUGAGUGAUCAAAAUCAAAAGAUAACCGAGAAACGAGAACUCCAUAUCUAAAUAUUGCAUGCCAAGAAAAUGAAAGAUUGGCCUACACUACACGCAUAUAAUAUAUGAGAAAUAUUAUUCUACUUUUACAAGUGUACAUGAUCCACUCAUAUUGAGUAGGUGGUUCGUCCAUAUGAAGGUCACUUUCUCGGAUGUAUUGACAUUGAACUCGAUAGUGAUUAGAGUCCUCAUUUACUUACGAAUUUGAUAUUCAAAUUAUGAACAGUUAGAAUAAUCUCAGCGUGUUUAAUUGGUUUGCACAAAUAUUAAGCUUAUUAAACCCAAUUUGUUUCAUGCGAAGAGCAAUUAAUUAUAAUGUUCGUAGACUUUAAAUUCACACAUCACUCAAAUCAUCAAAGCGACUAUUAGUACGAAUACAUUGCACCAUAAUCUCUGAUUUCACGUUUCUCUUUUAGGGUAUAGAGUUACUUUCACCGUCUCAUUUGGUUCAUCAGUUUUGUUCCCUUGCUAGUGAUGGCUUGAUGCAUUAUUCCGCUCCCACCGAGAGAAAGUCUUUUCCCAUUGUGAGGAAAAGGAUAGGCCAGCGUUCCUUUGGGUCUACGUACAAAAUUCGAUUCUUUCUCACCAUAACUUCCAUCUGAGUAAUUAAGAACGUGACAGACGUCAGGAGGCGUCUUUUCAGUUUGAAGAAUUUGCAUACACAAACAAACACAAUCAACCCCAACGUGUCCUCUCUAUUUAAAACUUUGCGAAAACGAACCAACAAAUUGGAAAAAAUAGGAAUCUAGAAACUAGACAUUUGUGAUAUGUGAUGGCCAUGCACGUGUUCAUAUGUCCAUUUUAUAGGCUAAGUAUAUAUUAUUCGAUGUAUAAUUAACAUCUAUUAACAACUUGAGAUAUUGAGAAUGAAUUAUUAUUCGAUGUAAAAUUAAAUCAAAUACCUAAUUUGGAUAUUAGUCACUUAUCUGCUAGUGUAGAUUUUGAAGAACUAUGGUCUUUGAGGUCAUUGAGGUGUGGAUUAUUAGUAUAAUAAUAAAUCUUGAACGGAUAUACUAGUGGUGCAGUUAGAUUUGUAUAGGAAUCAUUAUCCUACGUAAUUGUGUUUUAUUUUGCAGCAUGCACACAGAAAACCCUAGCUAGCUGGCUGCCAUCCGACUGUUAAAUAAAAGCAUAAUGAGUUCAUUAUUGUGAAUUGUCGAUGGAGAGCAUGUUCGCAUGCCGAUAAUUAGAUGAUUACAAAAGUGGUUAAUUAAGCCAGUAAGCAUCUCACUAACCACAUUCCCUAUCCCUCGAAUAAAUUACCCAAGCAAUCAGCACGCCUAGCUAGCUAAUUACGUACCCUUGUCUUUAUACACAAUGAACCUUGAAUCCUUUUAACCAUUCGAGUCAUCGAAAUCAUGGACAUUCCGACAUAUAUGAAUUAAUUAACCAUGAUGAUGGGAAUGCGAGGUUGACAUUAAUUAAUGGCGUAGCUACAUUCCCAUCAAACCGAUGGACUAUGUAUCUAAGAUUAAGGAAGUUUCAACCAAAAAAAAGAAAAAAAGAGAUUAAGGAAGUACAUAUGAUUAAAGAGAAUUGGUACGUCCACCAAAAUUCCAAUUUUAUCGAAUGUUCCCGAGUGUACGCUACUUAGUAUGAACUAGAGUUGACCUAGCUAGCUAGCUACUUAAUCACUAUGGAUCAGUAGAGAAGAGAAUGCACAUAUAACAGCGAGCCUACGUGGUCAAUGGUGACAUCGCCAUUAACUCACCACCACGGCAUAUAUACCACCGGCCACCAGUCCACCACCACUGCUAAAAGAAGUUAAUGAUACCUUACCUAUAUUAUAUAUGUAUUCCAUACUUAUCUACAUGUAUGUUCACUAUAUAUAUAUAUAUAUAUAUAUAUCAUAAAAAAUAAUGGUUUAUUGUCAUAUAUAAUAAAUAGAAAGAAGCGAUUUAUAGAGUCAAAAGAACUUGAGAGAAAGAGAAGAUCGAUUUGUAUAGAGCUUAAUUUCUUUGUUUGUGGUGGGGAGUCAUUAAUUGAUUUGGAUUGGUCACUAUCUGGAGGAAUUGGGAAAAGAUUUGUUUUGAGUCUGGAAACGGCGGGCUACUUUCCUGAAGCUUUAAUCAAUUUAAUUUAGAUUGACUAGCAAUAUUGUAUUCGAUUCUUCAUACUUCACUUACUCCCUAAGGAAAAUGCUAUUGGGGAUACUAACGGUUGUUAGGUUGUAGAUGUUGGCCAAGAGGACCCAUUAUUAACUUUUGCUAUGGGAAAAAAAAAGGAUGAAUGUGUAAAAUUUGGCACCAAAAUGUGAAAAAAAUAAUACAAUACGAAUGUAGUGUAGUCCAUAUAUAUAUCUAUUAGAUUUUCCUCUCACUUAUUCACUAUCAAUCUUAUCUAUAUAUGUUAGUCAUUUGAAACUUUAUUUAUCGACCCGUUAAGUAUCAACGUUGAGUUGAAGGACGGAUUCGCUUACCCCAAAACUUGAGUGAGUAUUAUUGUAAUUGAGCUCAUCAUGGUGUGGGAAUGAAUGUGUUACAUAAUAAAUACACUCGUAACUGCCUUUUGUGACGUGUCCUGUCCACACAAGUCCCUCACUUCCAUUCUUUCACAUUCCUUCCUUCCUUAAUUAAUUAAUUAUCUUCAUCCUUCUAGCUAUUCUAUUUAUAUGCAACAAUAACAGAGCAAAGCUGCCAUAGUCACUUAAUUAUUCCCCUCCUUCUCUCCCACCAGUCCACUAUCUCCCUCACUCUUCUUCCCACUUCACCAAAACAACAAAGCAGAAAAUUAAAUGAAGAGAAUUUCUUAUAAUAAUACCCCUUCUUCUCUGCCUUUGAUUACCUUGUUUGCUUUCUUCUUGUUGCUGUCUUGUUCCUUCCUCUCCCACUCUGCAUCUGCUCGUCCCCUCCUGGACGCAGCAGCUUCAUCACAAAUCACAGGUAGUAGUGAUGGUGGCGAGUUGGAGUUGGUGAGCAGGGCAGAUGAUCACUUUGCUAAUUCAAUCAAAGAAGAAGAUUUUUCCACGCUGAUGGGGGCAGAGGAACUGGAGAACACGGAGGGAUCAGUAUCAGUUUGUGGAGAGAAGGAUGAGGACUGCCUGGCGAGAAGGAUGGUUGCAGAGGCUCACUUGGAUUACAUCUACACUCAACACCACAAGAACCCUUGAAAAAUGAAGAUACUUACUUAAUUAAUUAAUAUCUAUCUAUCUAUAGCUUCCCCAUUUUUGUUUGUUUUUUGCACCCCCCUAAAUUAAACGGUGUUCAUAGACAUAGUUCUAUUAUUAUUAUUAUUAUUAUUAUUAUUAUUAUUAUUAUAAGCUACCAACACGUGUGUGUUCAGAAAUUCAUAUUAUCAAAAAAUACGGAUCUUUUAUAUGUAAUUCUUUUUAUACAUACAUCCGAUUCGAGAGUAUUACGAUUGUCAAUAUUAUUUGUAUCAUUAUCCGAAAGUGGGAAUAUCACUAGGGAGGAGGAAUCAAUGGGACGUUUGUGAACCAACCUUAUGCAAAAGGAAUUCAAAAAUAAUGAAUGGAGUUGAUGGCCACUCCUAUUCUCCGCCACCAUAUUUAAAAGCAAAGAUCUGGUAAUUGAUUCCUUUCUUGUCCUUUCUUCUUAAAUUGUAUCAUUUUCCCUCGGAACGCAAGCACUAUGGUCUUACCACAUAAUCAUCACAAUUUUGUGUGGAGUGGAGUGGAGCUGAAGCUUCUGGAUUGGGCCUCUCUAUGAGCUUCUCUUAGUUUCUGCUGGGUUUCCAUAUGGGCCAUUUUCCCUAAAGCCCACGGUAAUUUCUCUUCCGUUCCCAUUCCCCGGUGGCAAGCUAAGCUAAGCCACGGCCCACGAGUCCCAAUCCGAGGUGGCAUCUUCGUCAACGUGGAUAUCCGAGUUGGAAUACGCCCGUCAGUGAACAGGAGUGUGCCGGACGGGGACGUCCACGUGGAGGUCGUAGGCGAUCAGUCAUUGGCAUUUUCUUGAUUACAGAUAAUUAGCUAGCUGUGUCUGUGUGGAUUACUGAUUGACCAAACAAGAAAUAAUUAAUAAUGACCAACAGAAAGA